AUGGAAUUGAUCGAAAACUCGCGAACCCAGCGCUCGAGCGUCCGUCGUGCUGCCGCGACAUGCCCUGGACCUGUGCGGUACCCAUCAUUCCGGGCAAGCUAUGGCUAUACUUCAUCAAGAAUCAAGGUGGCCGGCAUCAGUGGGGCAUCACAACCAAGCAUACAAACUUCCACACAUAGCCCCCGGCAGGCUGUCCGCGCCAAGAAGAAAGGGCAGCCUGCCUUCGUCCUCAUCAAUACCCAAGACUUGACAUAGAUUGUUACACUGGCUUGUAUAUUUGUCACCAUGCAUGCUCCAACAGACGUCUAGAGGGCCGC